AUGACAACCGGAAAGAACGGUGGGUCAUGGAGGCUUACGGCAGGAUACGAGGCUAUAACGGCGGUAGAAGUUCCUUCCGCACGCGCUACAGACCUCAUCGACGAAGGAAUCACAAGAAAAAGAAGUUCCGCUUUGAAACCCUGGAAACGCUGGAAGAAUCCGAGGAAUUCCCGGAGCCGCCGUCGACGACUCCAAAAAUCAGAAGAAAUUCAUGCCCGACAUGCGGAAGCGAGACCUGUGGGAGAAGAAGUUUGUGAGUCCAAAAUCGGAGGAGACGGAGGAACUUCUGAAGAGUUUCCAGAAAUAAGCAGUGCAGAGAUAGCAGAAGCGAGAGCGCGAAUCAAAUCGAAACAAGAGGAAUUCUGA